GUUUCCUUUCCUAAGCCCCAUCUGCCGCCGACCUUACUAGACUGGGUAACCUGACACCCGGUAUCUAAUAAUAAAAGUACGAUAAAUCGAAUCGGAAUGGAUUCGGUUCGAUGCUGGCGUUAGACACUCGACGCCGCGUCUUAUGCCUAUCCACCGUUAACCUGUUGCCAAGAAGCCAUUGUCGAUCAAACACCCAUUCUCCGGUGAACCGGAUCAUACUACUUACUACAUACUACGAAGUAGGGAGCUGUCGUGUACGUCAGCUGAACGGGAUUGCCCAACCCAGCCGUGCUCCAUAGGUCUUAGGUCUGCCGACACCCCGACACGCAAGCCAAGACGACACUUCACCUCAUCUCCCCAGUCUCGCCUUUGGGUCAUGUACCUGCGCCUGUUCCGGUGAAUGAAUGUGGCAACGGUAUUGUGGACGCACAGCCAAUCGUCAAUAGUUGCUGGGCGGGCCAUUGGCCUGUCCUCUGUCUCCUCUCACAGACACAACUCUCCAUUUCACAUGUUUACGUAUCCCAAUCUCUUGAUGCCGAUGCCAUCAGAACCACUGCUCUUUGAAAGCGGAUAUGUCACUGCUGUGGUAGCCAACUUAUCCUUCUCCACCGUUCUCUCCCUGAUCAUCUGUGUCGCAGGCACGAGGUUCAGUAUAGGGCCGAACUUGAGCCCAAAACGCAUGUUCCGUGACUUGCCGUUGUUAUUGGUUCCGUUCUCAAAAUCCCUCAUACGAUUAUUUUAUUUGGCCAUCGCGGCAAUUAAAGAUAAGGACGCGGCUUCCAGUCGAGUUGUUCUAGUCCAGUGGCGGAGACGACGGCUAGCAGCAUGGCAGCGGAUCUUCGAAAUUAGUACGCGUCUGCCGAUGAUGAAUCCCACUCGUGGGCUUCCUCUUCCAGCUGGCAUGGCCGGUGGGCAACCUUACGGCGUAGCUCUGGCACUGGUCAGCUAACCCUAGGCCUUGUCUUGGAUGGGUCGAUAUGAGCCUGUCAGGAUCGGCGUGUGAUGCUCUGCAGUGACAGACUCUCUACGGGCAUGUCAAAUGCUCUUAUUUCAGUUUCGCCAGGCCGCGCAGGCAGUGUGGAACCUUUAACAAAAAAAAACCAAUGAUGC